UCAUUCAUCCGUGAUAUCCAUUCUCCAAUGUGAAUUUCAUCCUGCAAAGUGCAAGUAACUUGCUUAUAUGACAAUUAGAUAAGAUUAGCUUCCUUAGGAAGAGAUUGCAGAGGGGACCUUUGAGGAUGGGAAAAUGGAAUAUUUUGUCUGAACCCACAGAAACCAGAAGCUUCAACAUCGGUCUCCACAUCCAUGUUUUGGAAGACCUAUGCAUAAACGACAAUCAAGGCUAUCAAAACUAUAGUCUAAUGGUUAGGAUCAAAUGGAGAGGUCCAAGGAAGCAAUUCCGGAAAAGUUUCAACUCCCCAAAGGAAUGUACCAGGAUGCAACUCGUCAAACCAGAUGGCACAGUUGAAUGGAACGAGGGGUUCAACCAUGUUUGCAAGAUGAUGAUGGAAAAAAUGGGAAGCUUCAGAUCUUGGGAUAUCCAACUUGCGGUUCAUGGAUCAGAUCUGAACUCCAAUGAUAAAGCAUCUAACUUGGCCAAAGUCAUUUUGGAUGUCGCCCAAUUCAUCCCUUCCAAUAGUAACAGCUCAAAGAAGACAAUCAGUAUUCCGAUCAAGUGCAAUGUCAAAGAUUCCACUAUUGAGGCGGCACUCAAAGUGAGCUUCAAGUUUCAUGAGCUUGGAACCAACGACGAACCAACAAAAUCGCCAGUUAGAGCUCAACUUUUACCCACGCUAUCAUGCAUCGGAUUUAAUCCUCAACAAGUCCAUAGACCUGAACAUAUUAAACCCAGUAUAAAGAAGGUUAGCUCUCAAAAGAUUCAGAGUCAGUCACUCAAGGGAAAGAAUGCUAUAUCACAUGUUGAUGUUGACCCAAGCAAUUAUAGAUACUCUCCCAACUCAUCAAAAGACUCCUUCACAUGUUCCUCAUCUGAAGAGGAAAACCGAAUUGUAUACAAAAAUUUACCAGAACUAAAUUUUCUCGCAGAAACCUCUACAUCUGAGAAUGAUGAGAAAAAAAGUCUAACACUAAGUCCUGUCCAAACUAUCUCUGAAAAGACUACCAGACAUCCCUCUCUGAUAAGACUCACUUCUUGGAAAAAAGGGAAACUAAGUUUCAAGGUAAGUCACCCUAAAGGAACUCCACUACUAAACAAGGCGAGUCAAGAAGGUGGGGAUGACAUUCAUGAUGACCGACGUCACCAAUUAAGCACAUCCCAUUUACCCAUUCAGCCAAAAGAAGAGCUUGAACAAACCCAACAUGGGUUUGAAGAUGAAGAUCACUUUGCAGUGGGAAGGUGGGAGAAGAAGAGAUUCACUAGCAGAGAUGGGAAGAUGGAGCUAUGUGCUCAAGUGUUCCUAGCUUCAAUUGAUCAGAGAAGUGAGGAAGCAGCUGGUGCAGGGGCUUGCUCAGUUCUUGUAGCUGUUAUUGCUGAUUGGUUGCACAAAAACCCCAAGAAUCUGCCAAUCAAAUGCCAAUUCGAUACCUUGAUACAAAAAGGCUCUUUGGAAUGGAGAAAACUAUGUGAGAACAAGAGUAACAAAGAUGAAUUCUCCGAUCACCACUUUGAUAUCGAAACAGUACUGCAGGCAGGAGUGUCUAGGCUAUCAAUCCUCUCAGAGAGAUCCUAUGUAGGGUUUUUUAUACCUGAAAAUGUACCAGAAUGUUGUGAAUUCUUGCAAGCAGCCAUGUCUUUUGACAGAAUGUGGGAGGAACUCAUAGCUUCCCCAUCAGAAGAGGCAAUUUACAUAGUCAGCUGGAAUGACCAUUUCUUUGUUCUAAAGGUUGAAACUGAAGAAAUAUUUAUUAUAGAUACACUAGGGGAUAGGCUUUCUGAAGGAUGCAUACAGGCAUAUAUUUUGAAGUUUGACAAAGAGACAGAGAUACGCAGAUCAAAUAUGGAGGAUCAAAUUGAUUCAAAACAGAGGCCACAACAACAUGGGGAUGCUGAUCAUGGAAUAUCCGCUUCAGAGUUGCCUCCUGAAUCCUCAGCAGAAGUCAUACGUAAAGGAAAGUCCUCCUGCAAAGAAUUUAUCAAGGGAUUCCUAGCAGCUCUUCAGCUAAGAGACUUAGAGCAAGAUGUUGAGAGAGGCCAUACGGGAAAAGCCUCUUUGCAUCAAAGGUUACAAAUUGAGUUCCACUAUACUGUGAUACAAGAAGAAACAGCCCAAACUGUAAAGGAGAACAAAAUCUCAACAUCCUAA